AUGUCGGAAUGUGGGAAUCUACAGCGUACUCAGAGCGUCGAAGACGAAGACCAUGGACAUCGUGGGAGCUCCGCCAGCUCGCCUCCUGCUCUUCCUCUGAAGAAAGGGAGAGGAGGACGUAAAGUCAUGUUCCCUUCCGCAGAGGAAAAAAAGCAAAGAAACCGGGACUCCCAAGCUGCGUUCCGAGAACGGCGCAAAGAGCACAUCGCUGAACUGGAGCAAGUUGUCCAAGACCAGAAGGAGAAGCUGCAGGAGUCGCAGAGAGCGCAGGCUAGUGCAAAGGAAGAGGUUUUGGUUCUCAAGUACAAGAAUUCGCUCCUGGAGAGAAUAUUGCUCGAGCAGGGCAUCGAUGUCAACGCCGAAUUGAACAACAUCUUGGUAUUCCCACCACGAAUCCCUGAGAAGCGAGCUCGCAUGGAAAGACCUCUUCUUCGGAAGCAAGAGGUUGCGCCUGUUGCGGCGACCCAUCCACCCAGCUCCUUCUCCAACUCCAGCUCCAGCUCCACAGUACCCCAAUCCCAACCCCAACCCCAAAUCCGCGCCUCGCCAGCCACCACCUGGGCCCCUACACCGCCAUUACCCCUCGACGUGGCAGCCGAGAAUGAGACAUUCGGCUUGGAUCUUGACUUUGAGGCCGACUUCACCUUCGGCGGGAUGAUGGCCGGCGCGGGUGAGAAGUUCGACUUGGAUCUGGGGUUCUUGUCUUCGGUGCACGUAUAA